ACCUUCGGUUUUUUCUCGCUCUUUGCCGUAGCUUUAUUUAAUUAUUAUUGUCUUCUCGCUUGUGGAGUAGAGCAAUGGAGAGCGCGCGCAUUGGGGCUUCAACAAGGGUUAGGGUUUCGAUUCCGAGCCCUAUUCCUCCAAAAUCUCGAAGAAAUCUGCUCUUCAAUGAGUUUGCCCCAAAAUUCUCGUCGAAAAGCAUUCAGAAAGCCACUGUCCUCCGCUGUGUGAGAGACCAGGAAACUGUAGAUCCGUCGCUUGCACAAAAUUAUAAAAGUGAUGAACUUAUAAACGCAAUUGAAGUAAGAGAAUGGGAAAAUGGAAAAUCUGUUGAUGAAAUAGCAGCAAAACAGGGCAUCAGAAUCAGAAGACAUCCUGCAAAAGCAUCAGAGUCUCCGCGUAAUAUCUUGGAGAAGAUUGUAUGGGACAAGGUCACUGAAGUUUCAGAGUUUAAGAAAACGAAACCUCUUAAUUUGGUUAAAGAAGCUGCUGAGCAAGCUCCUCCUGCAAGAGAUUUUCUUGGGGCCCUGAAGGCAUCAUAUCACCGAAAUGGUGUUCCUGCUUUGAUAGCUGAGGUGAAAAAGGCUUCUCCGAGCAGAGGGAUACUGCGGGAGGAUUUUGAUCCGGUUCAAGUAGCAAAAGCCUAUGAGCAAUAUGGGGCAGCAUGUCUAAGCAUUUUGACCGAUCAAAAGUACUUUCAGGGAAGCUUUGAAAAUUUAGAAGUUGUGCGUAAGGCUGGAGUUAAGUGUCCUCUUUUAUGCAAAGAAUUCAUAAUUGAAACGUGGCAAAUUUAUUACGCUCGUGCGAAAGGAGCAGAUGCAGUUCUGUUAAUUGCUGCUGUGCUGCCAGAUCUUGACAUUAGAUUGAUGACUAUGAUCUGCAAGGAACUUGGUUUAACUGCAUUGAUUGAGGUCCACGAUGAACGAGAAAUGGACCGUGUUUUGGCAAUAGAUGGAGUUCAGCUCAUUGGUAUCAACAACCGUGACCUUGGUACCUUUGAAGUUGACAUCUCAAACACCAAAAGGCUUUUGGAGGGAGAACGUGGUGAGAUUAUUCGCAAAAAGGACAUCAUUGUUGUUGGCGAAUCUGGAUUGUUUACUCCUAAGGACAUUUCUUAUGUUCAAGAUGCUGGGGUUAAAGCGGUUUUGGUGGGAGAGUCCUUAAUAAAAAAGAGUGAUCCUGGAAAGGCAAUUGCAGGGCUCUUUGGUAAAGAUAUAUCAAUAUGAUCCAAUGCUUUCCUAAACUUCCCCAGCUCCUUAUGUAUCAUGUAACAGUUUACAUAUCGAAAUAAAAGCUUUUUGGGGUUCUGCAGUCCCCGGAAUUUACA